CCUGCUCCCGCUGACGGAUCAUCACUUCCGGUUUCAGUCGCCAUUAGCGGGAGGCGACGCGCCAAACUCGAAAUCUGCCGUUGACGCAUAAAAACCAGUUAGACGGAGUUCAACAGAAACAAAAACUUUAUUACAUUUAAUCAUCCUUAUUUAUUUAUUUUUCUUUUGAAUGUAAAAAGGAAAUGACGGAAUUACAUUUCAACAAGACGCUGCAGGUGCACGUGCAGUGUAAAGACUGCGAUGAGAGGCGGGCGGUCAUCAGAGUCAGUAUUGAGCUGCAGCUCGUUACGAACCCCAUGCACAGACGGGAUUUGGUCGUGAGGUUGACGGACGAUGCCGAUCUCUACUUCCUAUACAACCUUGUUAUUUCAGAGGAGGAUUUCCAAAGCUUAAAAGUGCAGCAGGGUCUCCUGAUAGACUUCACCGCAUUCCCACAGAAGUUUAUAGACCUGUUAGAACAGUGCAUCUCCGAGCAGAGCAAAGAAAAUCCGAGGUUUUUACUGCAGCUCUCCUCCCCGUCAUCCCCACUAAACCACAGUUCUGCUAAUCUAAACAUCGUGGAGACCAACGCCUUCAAGCACCUCACACACCUGUCUCUUAAACUACUCCCUGGCUCAGAUGUGGAAAUAAAGAAAUAUCUGGCAACCUGUUUGGCCACCAUGAAGGAGGAAAAGGAGCAACUACAGCAAACUCUAAAGAAGACCGAAGAGGAUUUGACUAGACAGCUAAACUACACACAGCAGACAGUAUCAGAGAAGAGCCGAGAGCUGGACAAACUGCGCUCUGAAUGGACCUCACAAACGACGACGUUGUCCAGCAGACACACGCAAGAUCUCACGACAGAGCGUGAAAAAGCCCUGGAGAUCCAGACGAGGCUGCAGCAGCAGAAUGAACAGCUGAGGCGCGAGCUGGAGGCGACUCAUCAGCGCAGCACGCAUCAGCUUCAAACCCGACUCGCCGAACUGGAGACCUCCAACAGGGAGCUCACAGAGAAAAAGUACAAAAGCGACUCCACCAUCCGGGACCUGAAGGCCAAACUGCUUGGCCUCGAGGAGGAGUCUCAGAGGGCGAAGCAGCAGGUGACGUCUCUCCGGAGGGAAAACGGCACCCUCGAUACAGAAUGUCAUGAAAAAGAGCGACUCGUUAAUCAGCUGCAGACUCGAGUAGCCGUGCUCGAGCAGGAGAUUAAAGACAAAGAUCAGUUGAUACUCCGGACUAAAGAGGUGCUCGAGGCCACGCAGCAGCAAAAGUGCUCUGUUGAAGAAACAUCUGGGAGUAAACAGCUACAGAUUGGAAAGUUGGAGUUGACUGUGAAGUCCUUGUCUGAGGAGCUUAUAAAGGCGAACGGCAUCAUUAAAAAGCUGCAGGGCGACCUCAAGGCGCUGGUGGGGAAGAUCAAGGUGAAGAACACGGUGACUGUGUCUCAGGAGAAAGUGCUGCAGGAGACGACGGAAAGACUGCAGCGAGAGCAGAGGGAGCUGCAGGACACGCAGCACAGACUGAAGCUCAAGGAGGACGAGGUCUUAAAGUUAAACGAACAGUUGGAGACCACCGUUAAAAAACUGGACGAGAGCAGAGAAGUGCUGAAAACAAAUGAAAACGUGAUAACAUGGCUGAAUAAGCAGCUGAAUGAAAACCAGCUGUGCAGGAAGCAGGACACUGUUGGUGUGUUUGAGACACCACAGCCUGGACUGAGACUUGCACCUGCUUCUCACAACAUGCUUGAUAGUAAGACUUUCUCCUCUCUGGGCCAGCCGUAUCCUGUAACCUCCACGUUAAACUCCAAGCAUUCGUUCCCUCUGUCGUGUUUGAGCACUGGACCACGUUCCAUCCUCACUUUACACAAUCCCAACCCAGGACCAAAGGUCCACUUCAACCCGAUGAGUGCCAAGGCCAAGAUGGAUGGAAACGAAAACCCUACAGCAUUACAGUCGUCUUCCAAUAAGGAGAAUGGCGAGGCGCUUGGGUUGGAUUCGAAAUACUUCGAGAGACGAGAUGAGAGCAUUCCCCUGCGUGGCCUAGUACCCAGCAUGCACCUAAACAAAGAAAUCACUAAACCCUCCUCAAACAUGGCUGGACCAAAACCUGCUGCACCAUCAGCAUACUUCCCUGGAUGAUGUCCACCUUCCACUCCCCCACCCCCAGUGUAUGAAGCACCAACUCUCAGGAGCUUCUGCACAUCUGUGUGUCAUGUGUUUUAAGUGUAUUAUGCUUCUCAAAUUAUUUAUUAAACACUUUUUUUUAUAACCAUUGCAGCGGAGUGCUGGUGUAUACAGAAAUUAUUGUUUUGGUUUUGAAUGCAAUGUCUACAGGUGGUGAAUUUUCUAUGGUGCUAUUGAGUGGAGAGACAUAGCAAACAAAACAAGAUCAGUAAUUGUGCACGUAAAACUCAUGACUAAUGGAAAUUAGACAUCCGUUUGAGUGUUCUUUUGAUUGUAUAGAAGUUGUAUAUAAAGCCUACAUGCGAUUCCUGGUCGGUUUGUGGAUAUACACAGUGAUGUACUUGGAUACUUGAAUUAAUAAAUCAUUUCUCUUAAAACCA